GAUACUUAUUUUAAUUAAUUGAUCUCCUGCCCUGCUCUGGAAAACCUUUCGUUUGGGAAACAGUUGUAUCCUUAUAAACAACACCACAGCCUUUGAUAUCGAUACCACAUCAUCGAACCUCAGGCCAAACCAUCGCCGCCGCUCAAGAUGUCGUACCAGGAACCCUAUCAACAGCCCUACCAGGUGCCAGUGCAAGCACCAUACCAAGACCCCCACCACAUGUCCUCCUCACCACCGCUACCGGCUCACGGGCCGAUUGACCAACGCGAGGCCCAAGAAGCCGGUCCUCCAGGCGGCGGUGGCCCUCUGCAGACCAUGCACCACACCGGCUCCGCGCUGGCGGACGAGGACGUUUCGGAGUGGCACGCUUCCUACUGCGGGUUCUGCUCGCCUGCGGGGCUGUGCUUCAAGACGUGCUGCUGCCCGUGUCUCACGUUUGGCAAGACGCAUCACCGGCUGAAGUCGGGGGCCAAUAUGCAGAAUUACGAACGGUGCAACACAUCUUGUUUACUCUAUUGUGGAGCAGGCUGCUUUGGGGUCCACUGGAUACCUAUCAUGAUGCAGCGGUCCGAGGUCAGGGACAAGUAUAACCUCGACGGGAAUUCGGUGGAGGAUUUGUGCUCGGCAUGCUGUUGCCCUCUGUGUGACUUGGUGCAGCAGGAAAAGGAGGCUGCGUAUCGAGAGUCUUUGGGGCGGGGCCGGAUUCAGCCCGUCACUCAGCAGUAUCAGUCUGAGGGUGUCAUGGCGCAGCCACAGCCCGCGUAUUCGCCUCCUAUGCAGCAGAAAUAAGGUAGAAAUAGAGGAUUGUGCUAUCAAACAAGCUGGCUUGCUGGUUGACUCGGCAUCUUCACCGGAAUUUUGGGGCUUUGAAUUUUUGUUGGGGGAGGGGGGGUGGGGCUAAAGAUGGUGUGGUGAUAUGUGAUGCUUGAUUUAAUAGUGAGACCAAGGGCAUUCAAAUUUCUGGACUCCACGAUUCUCAUCGUCAGUGCUCUCUUUGGUCAUCAGACUGGCAUAGCCAGUUGUCAGAUCCGAGAUCAAGGCAGCGCAGAUGUUUGGACAUAGAAGUCGGAACUCUCACGACGCUGCUUGUCCGGACGCUUUAGCUUUCGUCAUCCGAUAGAGCUGUGUAUGUCCUCGGGAAUGGGGGUGAAGAACAAGAAAGAAAAUAGACCAUUUCAAUAGAGAAAGUGGUUUCG